ACAGGAAAUCCCCUUUUAUUUCCGAGACAUAUUUUAUAGAGUUUGGAAAAACCAGGUUGGAAAUCUUAAAAGAAUGUAAUUAAUAGAUGAAACAACAACAGACCUGUUAUUGACGAAAAUUCAACCAUGCCGUCAGAAAGUGAGCCGAAAACAUUGUCAGAUGAUUUCAUUAACCGUGUAACAAAUACCUUUAGACCAGAAUUCAUCAAGAAUGUGGAUAACCCAUCUCUUCUUGCAGAUUUUCUGACAUGCCUUGAAGUUGUUGAUAGGGAAGUUGUGAAAGCACAGCACACUCAAUAUGGAGCCAUACAUGCUGCCGGUAUUCUGUUUGACCGAGUUAUUAAAAGACCAGACUGGAUAGACAAUUUAACAAGUGCAUUGAGACAUCCACAAAUUGGAUUGGACUUUCUUGCAGAAAG